AUGAUAGGAUUGGGAACAUUCACGAUAACCGAUGAAAAAUUAAUUAAAAGUGUUAUUAAAGAUGGACUAGAAAUUGGUUACAAUCAUAUCGAUACUUCAUAUUUUUAUAUGAAUGAACAAUAUAUUGGCCAACAAUUGCGCCAAAUAUUUUCGCGACCUAACAGUCCUAUUAAGAGACGGCAUAUAUUUGUUACUAGUAAACUGUGGAAUACAUAUCAUAGCCGUAAAAAAGUGACGGAAGGCCUCAUGUUAUCAUUGAAACGAUUAAAUAUAAAAUAUUUGGAUUUAUUUUUAAUACAUUUUCCCUUUGGAUUUGAAGAAGGGGGUGAAGACCUACCCCUCACACCUGAAAACACUUCACGUGACUCUAAUAUAUCAGUAGUGGAAACCUGGAAGGGUAUGGAAGAUGUCUAUAGAAAAGGAUUAGUUAAGAGCAUUGGUGUCUCUAAUUUCAAUGUGGAUCAGUUGUGUCGACUCAUCACUCAGUGUCAGAUCAAACCUGUCGUAAAUCAGAUUGAAAUAAAUCCUUAUUUAACUGAAGAAGAUUUGGUAUCAUUUUGUCAAAGUCGUGGCAUUCAAGUGGUAGCGUAUAGUCCGCUGUCAAAGGCUAACCAAACACUGCUAAACGAACCGAUUUUAGUAAAUAUAUCCAAUAAAUACAAUAAAACAGUGGCUCAGGUAAUCAUGAGAUGGCUUUUACAAAGAGAUAUAGUUGUCGUCCCGGGAACUACUAAAAGGUCACGACUGGUUGAAAACUUUAAUAUACUUGACUUCAAACUCACUAAAAAUGAAAUGAAAUCUAUUUCAGGACUUAAUAAAAAUUGGCGAAAAACUGAUUUCAAUAUCGCGAGCCGUAUAAUCCCAGCCGCUGUCAACACAAAACAUACGGUUCAAUACUCAGACUAUAAUCUACCCGUGCCUUACACAACACGUCGGCCACACCUAAUACAAGUGGACAGCACUCAAACAUCUUUUCUCAUACAAUUCAAGUCGAUAUCCAGUAAUCUAACUGUCACUCAACGACAUGAGUCUGCAAAAGCUAUGAAUAUUUUACGGUCUAAUAGUAUGGACGCACCACAUAUUGUCAGUCACAUCGUAUCCAAACCUAUUAUACAAGAGAUUAGAGAAGUCAUAACUCCUUACAGACAUGUCUUCCAAGAGGUGAGACCUGUUGUACAAGAAAUACAAACAAUAGUCAAUAGAAAAGAAGCCGAUCGUCCACUUUGGCCAACCAUUCAAAACUAUAGGAAACCGUUGUUUUCAAAACAUAUCGAUUAUAAUAUUAGUAAUGUUUUAAAUGAAACACAAGAGGAGUGGAUGAUAGACAAGAGCUUAUAUAGCGAUUUUGAUAAAGCAUCAAAAAUAAGCUAUAUGGAUCAGUAUUAA